UUGAUAAAUUAAGGAUAGGGGAAUUAAUUCCUUCCCCAACAUGUAUUGAUUAUUAUAUCCAAUUCGAGGAUAGGAAUAAUCCUAUUCCAAGGAAUGCUACCUUCCAAUUCCAAUUAGGCAAAAAGUGGUAAAUGCAGGUGAAGCUGCAUUUCCAAGCUGUAAUUGCAUUUGCUAACUUUGCAAUGCCAGCAUCUGAUUCCUUCCCAUUCGCACUGAUUCCAACCAUCACCAUGCCUAUGCCUAUGCCUAUUUAAUCACUGCACGAUGCGAAUUCGCAAGUGGCCUCUCUCAUCCUCUCUCUCUAACUUCUCUCCUCAACUCACACCUCUUUUAUCUUCUCGCCUUCGCUUUGCUUCUGGAAUCUGCACCAAACCUCCUCGCUCCAUCGCUAACACCACAUCGCCAGGAGCUAAGCAGUUGCAUGCUCAAUAUUCAAUGGAUGAGAACCAUGGAAUUGGCAUACACGACCCAAGAUCAGUGGAUUUUCCUGGCAGUGAUAAUGGCAAAAGGCCACGUGUGUGGUCAUCAUCUCUUGAGCAUGGAUGGAAAACUGAUAUAGGCAAGCAGAUAUUUUGUAACCGGUCACUGAAUAUGAAGAACAUUGUUGCUGUGGGAUUUGACAUGGAUUAUACUCUGGCACAAUACAAGCCCGAAACUUUUGAAUCUCUUGCUUAUCAAGGCACAAUUAAAAAGCUGGUUUAUGAUUUGGGAUACCCGCAGGAGCUACUAAAUUGGUCUUUUAACUGGAAGUACAUGGUCAGGGGCUUGGUUCUUGACAAAAAAAGAGGCAACAUCUUGAAGAUGGACCGCCACAAGUAUGUAAAAAUAGCCUAUCAUGGAUUUAAAGAGUUGUCGAAAGAAGAAAAAGUUGGGACCUAUGGAAGUACUUUAGUACGUGAUUCGUUUGAUGAGCCAGACUAUGCUCUAAUUGAUACACUCUUUUCGCUCGCGGAAGCCUACUUGUUUGCUCAACUGGUUGAUUUUAAGGAUAGCAAUCCUGGAAAGACUCGAGAGGGUGUUGAUUAUGCUCGCAUGUACAAAGAUGUUCGAGCUGCAGUUGAUUUGUGCCACCGUGAUGGAACGUUGAAGCAAAUGGUUGCUAAGGAUCCCAAAAGGUAUAUUAAUGAAGACACCUCAAUAGUACCCAUGCUUGAAAUGCUCAGAGAAUCUGGACGCGCAACAUUUUUAGUGACAAAUAGUUUAUGGGACUAUACCAACAUUGUCAUGAAUUUCCUCUGUGGAUCCAGUAUUAUAGGUGGCAGUUACAAUUUUGGCUGGCUUCGAUAUUUUGAUGUUGUUAUCACUGGCAGUGCAAAGCCAGGAUUUUUUCACGAGGAAACUCGUGCCAACCUAUUUGAGGUUGUGCCUGAGACUGGAAUGCUACUUAAUACUGAUAAUGGCUCUCCUAUGCCUGAGGUGGGUAAUAUCUCAGCAAGGUUAUUCUUAGAAGGGAAGAAUCAUGCUUGUCAAGUUUUCCAGGGAGGCAACGUAGCUCAUCUGCAUAAACUACUUUCUAUUGAAUCAAGCUCACAGGUUCUGUAUGUUGGGGAUCACAUUUAUGGAGAUAUACUACGCAGCAAAAAGGUUCUUGGAUGGAGAACAAUGCUUGUAGUCCCAGAGCUUGAAAAUGAGGUUAAACUCCAGUGGGAAUCAAGGGGUACCCGCAAGGAACUUCAAUUCCUGAGGAGUGAGCGGGAUCGCAUUGAGGAUGAAAUACAUCAUUUGAAGUGGUUUCUCAAAUUCAAGAAUCCAGAUGCUGAUGUCAAGCAGAAUUUGUCUUCAGAACUUGAUAAAUUGGAGCUUGAAAGAGAGAGAGUGCGAUUAAGUCAUCAAGAAGCUCAAAGAAAAUUACACCAAAGGUUUCACGAGCCAUGGGGACAGCUUAUGAAAACUGGUUUUCAGAACUCUCGCUUUGCUCAUCAGGUUGAGAGAUUUGCCUGCCUUUAUACUAGCCAAGUGUCUAACCUGGGCUUGUACUCUCCAGACAAGUAUUACCGACCCAGUGAAGAUUUUAUGCAGCAUGAAUUUGGCAUUCUGACUUCUCAGCCUGGGGAAAUGUAAGUUUAGGAGUUUGGGGCAGCAUUCCUUUGGGUUUAGAAAGCUAAUUCUGAGCUGCCCCAUGCUCCUGUUCCCCGUCUUCGUUCCCUGUUCUUUUUUCUUUUUCUUGAAAUUGCUCGGUGUAGUAAUUCAAAGCGCCGUAUGAUCUUUUAAACGUCUGCUACAUGGGGGGAAAGGAUACUGGGUUAUAACGUUGUAUAGGUUCGUCGGGUACUUUUACAGAAGUAAGUGGUGUUACGCUGUAGCAAUUGCAAAAUGAGUUUCUUCAUUUAUUAUACUUGCAGAUGGUAAGUAAGUGUUUGUUUAAAGAGUAUAUAUAGUA